CAUGAGCAGAGGAGCUGAGCCUGGUCUCCUAGCACCCGAACUCUUACGUUUAUGUUUUUAUCUGCAGUCUUGGACCUUGGGAGGGCCGAGGUGGUUGCAAACAUAGUGGUCCAGGGUCAUCAUUGGCCCUGAUUCACACGGAAGGUCCUGAAUCCUGAGGAUCCCCUGCUUGCCUGAGCCUGUGACCCCGUAGGUUCCCUCUGUUUUGGCUGCCCCAGCCCUCUUGGUCUCCUGCCCAGGCAGGAAGGAUGCAGCUCCGCCUUUGAGGAACUGACUUGCUCAGCUUAGCCCAGCCUCCCACACAGCCUCCUCCCAGGUCAGAAGCCAGGAUCAGAGAAGUUUCCUAGGAGAGAAGAGGAGGUCCUGGGGGACCCGUCGCUUCAGAGAGAAGGAUGCCACAGCUGAGCCUGUCCUGGCUGGGACUGGGGCCCUUGGUGGCCUCCCCAUGGCAGCUCCUGCUGCUGGCUGGGGCCUCCUGGCUCCUGGCCCGAAUUCUGGCCUGGAUUUACUUCUUCGAUAUCAACUGCUGCCGCCUUUGCUGCUUCCCUCAGCCCCCUAAACGGAACUGGUUUUGGGGUCACCUGGGCAUGGUCAAGAACAACGAGGAAGGCAUGCAGUUACUGACACAUAUGGGCCACUACUUCCAAGAUGUCCACCUCUAUUGGAUUGGGGCUUUUUAUCCCAUCCUGAGGCUCGUCCAUCCUAAGUUCAUUGCCCCUGUGCUCCAGGCUCCAGCUUUGGUGGCUCCCAAGGAAAUGACUUUCUAUGGUUUCCUGAAGCCCUGGCUUGGGGAUGGGCUCUUGGUGAGUGCUGGUGACAAGUGGAGCCACUACCGCCACCUGCUGACACCUGCCUUCCGCUUUGACAUCCUGAAGCCCUAUGUGAAGAUUUUUAACCAGAGUGUGAAUAUCAUGCAUGCCAAGUGGCAGCGCCUGACCUCCAAGGGCAGCGCCCAUCUGGACAUGUUUGAGCACAUCAGCCUCAUGACCUUAGACAGUCUGCAGAAAUGCGUCUUCAGCUUUGACAGCAACUGCCAGGAGUCUCCCAGUGAAUACAUUGCUGCCAUCUUGGAGCUCAGCUCCCUCGUAGUGAAACGGCAACACCAGCUCUUCCUAUAUGUGGACUUCCUGUACUACCUCACUGCUGAUGGGUGGUGCUUCAGCAAGGCCUGCAACUUGGUGCACGACUUUACAGAUACCAUCAUCAGGGAGAGGCGCCGGACCCUUGCUAGCCAGGGUGUUGAUGAAUUUCUCCAGGCCAAGGUCAAGUCUAAAUCUUUGGACUUCAUUGAUGUGCUCUUGCUGGCCAAGGAUGAACAUGGAAAGGAACUGUCAGACGAGGAUAUCCGUGCAGAGGCCGGCACCUUCAUGUUUGGAGGACAUGACACCACUGCCAGUGGGAUUUCCUGGAUCUUGUACAACCUGGCAAGACACCCAGAAUAUCAGGAGUGCUGCAGGCAGGAAGUACAGGAACUCCUGAGGGACCGUGAGUCUGAGAAGAUUGAAUGGUGAGCACAGGACGACCUGGCCCAGCUGCUCUUCCUGACUAUGUGUAUCAAGGAGAGUCUGAGGCUACACCCCGUUACUGCCAUCUCCCGCUGCUGCACCCAGGACGUUGUGCUCCCAGAUGGCAGGGUCAUCCCCAAAGGUAACGAUUGUGUCAUCAGCAUCUUCGGGCUUCAUCACAACCCAUCAGUCUGGCCCGACCCUGAGGUCUAUGACCCAUUCCGUUUUGACCCGGAAAGUCCGCAGCAGAAGAGGUCGCCUCUAGCUUUUAUUCCCUUCUCCGCCGGACCCAGGAACUGCAUUGGACAGACGUUCGCCAUGAGCGAGAUGAAGGUGGCGCUGGCGCUGACGCUGCUGCGCUUCCGCGUCCUGCCGGAUGACGUGGAGCCGCGUAGAAAGCUGGAGCUGAUCCUGCGCGCGGAGGGCGGGCUGUGGCUGCGGGUGGAGCGGCUGAGCCGGGGCGCGCAGUGACCCCCACACCCGGCCUGGACCGCCUGAGCCCCAUCCACCUGUGGAUCCCAGAACAGAGCUGUCACCUGUGUCUGCGCCUCACCGCGCACCAGCAGAGGGCGGUGGAGGACGACAGAGAACCACCUGUGGCCUGGGCGAGGGAGGCGGGGCUGGCUUCUUGGAGCCCAAGUGCUCACUGUCUUCCUAGUGACAUCUGGGCCUCCAGGCGAUGAAGUGCUCAAGCACGUGGUCCAGUGAGAGCUGGGGUAGGUGUUUGAGCCUUACCAGAGAGGGAACAGAUUUCGGACAGUCUGAGGCUCUGGGUCACUAAGUCAAACUUUUAAUUGCACUUCAUUUCUAUCAUUUAAAAAAAGGAGGUGGGUUGGGGUGGGGGGAGAAAUGCCUCAGAGGUUAAAAGCACUGGCUGCUCCUACAGAGGACCUGGAUUCAGUUUCCAGCUCCUACAUGGCAGGCAACAUGUUUGUAACUCCAUCCAGUUCCAGGGGAUCUGAUGCUCUUUUCUGACCUCUGUGGGCAUUGGUGCCCACAUGGGUGCACUUACUUACAUGCAGGCAAUAUUCACAUAAAAAAAAAAUUAAAAAAAAAUCAAACUUGUAUGGAUCUUCCUGCCUCCGAGCUCCUAGUGCUGUGAUUACAGGACUGGGCCAUCACACUAUGCCUGCCAUAUCUAAGGGAUAUUUGUAGAAUUUAAAGAAAAUGGUUUCUCAGGAGGCAGGAAUCUUGAACUCUUUCAGGAUGGCGUUAAAUGAUGCUCAAGACUUGUGAUGGUCAAGGUCAGUAAGGCAGUUUAAACUUCGAAUGAAAUCACAGUCCCAGGAUCCUUUAUUUUACUUUUGCCUUGGAUUUUGUCUACUGAGGUUCCCACUUACUCCACAAGGAUCUUCUAAAUUUCCCUUCUUGAGACACGUUUAGUCUUUGAUCCCUCUCCCCAUCAUGAAAUCAUUAAAACAGAGUGUUAGCUAGGCUGGCAUGCACCUGUAGUACUCAGAGACUAGCUUGGGCUACAUAGAAAGUUUGAGGCCAGCCUGGGCUACAUAGUGAGACCUUGUCUUGAAAAGUAAACAUUAACCUAGCUCUCACUGGACCACUGUCUCCCGAGUUCUGGGCAAAUGCUCUCCCUCUGAGUGACAGUGCUGGCUGACUCUGUGGUUUCUUAUGUUUUUUCAUGUCAUUUAUUCACUAAAAAAAAAAGGAAAAUCAUUCAAAUUUGAGAAUUGCUGUAAAGCAGCUGGAAAUGUAACCCAGUGAACUUAAUUUACCAUUGAUUGGACCAAUGUCUUAUGAAAUUUUAAAUGAAUAUGAUUCACUAAUGAUUCGCCUCUUGUAUUGGGGUGAUAAUUUGACUUUACAUUUUCCAGAUUGAGUUACCACAUCAGACCCUGAGGGGAGCAUUUCACAUCAUCCCAGAUCUUGGACUUUGAGCAAAACCCAGGGUUGGGAGGGUGAACUUUGAGGUUACUCCCUUGUGAAUGUUGUGAGUGCAGCUUGUAUCUGGGAGGGAUGGCACACAGUGGGCAGUCACUAGGACGGACUGUUUCGGUGACUGGAAUUGUGUGAUAUUUAGCCAUCACACUCUCCUGGUUAUCAUAGUUUUGUAAUAGUAUACUUGUUUUUCCAUUAUUCAGAAGAAUACAUUUUCUCAAAUUCUAAAAUUGUUUUUAUUAAAAUUGAACAAGA